AUGAAAAGUUCAUCACCAAGAAAUUAAUUAGUAAUUGAAAAAAGAGGUCUAAGUGAACAUGUUUAAGCUACUAAUAUCAACUCAGGAAGUAGAAAGACUUCAAUUAUGACAAAGGAUGGCAAUAUUUUAAAGGGAAAUCUCUAAACCAUUUAAAAAUAAACAGAGAUAAAUAACUCUUAACUCAAGAAGGUUUCAAGCGCUGGAAAAUUACUGAUACCCAAAAGUUAACAUUCUAUAUAUUUUUUUAGAUGAUUAACAAUAACAAAAAUAAAAACGAUUUUCAUCAAAAGAAGGAGAUGGAUAAAAUGUAAUUAGAUCAGGUUAUUUAUACAAAUAAAUUUCUCCAAAAGUAACAAUGCAAGAAGAUAAAAUGAAUGUUGUAUUUAUUCAGGAACUCAAUAAAUAUUAAAUAAAUAAUGAACCAACAUCACCAAAAUCACCAAAAUUAACAGAUGCUAAUUUAUUUAUGCAUGAAAUGACUUAAAAUGGAUUUUAAUUUAAAGGACCAUAAUCACCUCCAUCGCAUGAUAUACUUACAAAUGGUUAACUAAAAAAUAAAAUACCUAAAAGUGUUUUAAGUCAUCAUCAAAACUUAAUACAUGCAUCUGGAAAGAAAACAAAUGAAUUAAAAAUAAGCAAACAACAUCAAAACACAGUAACCUACUAUUGA